AUGCCUGUCGUCAAGGGAGGUGUCUGGACCAAUAUCGAGGACGAAGUAUCGAAAUAUGGUCUCAACCAAUGGGCCCGUGUCUCUUCGCUCCUCGCUCGAAAGACCCCGAAGCAAUGCAAAGCGCGCUGGAUAGAAUGGCUGGACCCGGGUAUUCGUAAGGUCGAGUGGUCGCGCGAGGAAGAUGAGAAGCUUUUGCACCUCGCCAAAUUGAUGCCCACCCAAUGGCGCACCAUUGCCCCUAUCGUCGGUCGGACCGCCACACAAUGUCUCGAACGGUAUCAAAAACUCCUAGAUGAGGCGGAAGCCCGUGAGAACGAUGAUUUGGGAUUGGGAGGACCUGAAGGAGGAGAGUCCGCUGCUCCUAGCGCCGAUGAUGUCCGACGUCUACGCCCCGGCGAGCUGGAUCCCGACCCCGAAUCGAAGCCCGCCCGCCCCGACACUAUCGAUCUGGAUGAGGAUGAGAAGGAGAUGCUCAGCGAAGCUCGUGCUCGUCUCGCCAACACACAGGGUAAAAAGGCGAAGCGUAAGGCCCGCGAGCGUCAGCUGGAAGAGUCGCGCCGUUUGGCCGUGUUGCAGAAGCGCCGUGAGCUCAAGCAUGCCGGUAUUAACGUCAAGGUGGUUACCCGGAAGCCGGGCCAGAUGGAUUACAACGCCGAUAUCCCAUUCGAGAAGCCGGCCGCACCUGGAUUCUACGAUACCAUGGAGGAGCAAGCCACCAAUGAACGCCAGCGAGAGAUGUUCGACCCUCGAAAGCAGCAGCUGGCCAAUAAGCGAAAGGGUGACCAAGACGAGGAUAAUGAGCGCAAAAAACAAAAGAGCGACAAGAACAGCACUUCAGCUGCUUCCGCUGCGGCCGCGCGCGCCGGCCAAAUGCAGAAGAUUCGCGAAGCAGAGCAAAGCAGCAAGCGACGGGGUCUGAAUCUGCCGGCGCCGCAAGUCAGCGAAGGCGAGAUGGAGGAUAUUAUCAAGAUGGGCAUGGCUGGAGACAAAGCUAGCCGGAUGAGUGCCGAUGAAGAGAUGACUCGGGGUCUUAUUGGAAACUACGGAGCCAUUGUUGGAGGAACUCCCAUCAGAACACCCCGAGCUGCCCCCGAAGAAGAUCACAUCGCCAAUGAAAUUAAGAACAUUCGGGCGUUGACCGAAACACAAUCGUCUCUGCUUGGAGGUGACAACACUCCUCUUCACGAGGGUGGUUCUUCCACUGGCUUCGAUGGAAUUGCCCCUCGACGACAAGAUAUUGUUACUCCCAACCCGAUGGCUACACCAUUCCGACAGGCCAACGGCGUGGGCGCAACCCCUCUAAAGGGCGGUAUUGGGCCUGGUGCCACGCCGCUACGGACGCCACGAGACCACUUCGCUCUUAACCGCGAGGGAGCCCAGCCUGUUGGAAGCACACCCCGUGAUAUCAGAACCCACGAGAACUUCAUGCGCCAACAAAUGCGCAGCAAGCUCGCCUCGCUUCCGAAACCCAAGGAGACCGAAUGGGAACUAGAAGAACUUCCCUCCGAAACCGCCGAGCCUGCCGCUGCUGUCGAGUUCAGCGAGGAAGAUGCGGCUGAGCGGGAUCGUCGAGACCGUGAGGCUCGUGAGAAGGCCGCUCAAGCAGAGUUCAAGCGCCAGUCGCAAGCGUACCAGCGAGGUCUGCCUCGACCUGCUGUCCUCGAUCUCAGCGCCUUGAUGGAGCGGGCCUCCCAUGUCGCUGACCCGAUUGAAGCUCUUAUCGCCAAGGAGGCUGCACUUAUCAUUGCCCACGACUCACGGAGGUACCCGGUCCCGGGCGCCAAGGUAGAGGGCAAGGCGCCCAAGCUGGGUCGUGUUGAUGAUAAGUUCCUGGAGGCCGCUCGAGUGGCUAUCGCCGCCGAAGCGGCUGGUGAAGCACAGCAACAACAACAACAAGACAACUGGCAAGAACAGUUUGACGGCGUUUGGACAAACACCCGCGCCCAAGCCCUUCCCGGCCUGGACAACUACGUUGAUGAGGAGGAGCAAGAUGCCUUCAAGGAGGAACAGCGCAUGAUCGGUGCCUUUGAUAAUGUCCAGGAAUCUCUCCUUGCCACCGCUGAACGAGGCAACAAGCUGGAAAAGAAGUUGUCCUUGCACUAUGGCGGAUAUCAGAACCGCGCCAAGACGCUGCGCUCCAAGAUCGUGGAAGCCAAUGCCGCUUUACCCAAGGUUCAAAAUGACCUGGACGCCUUCCGCACCUUACAGAUCUCAGAGGAGGCGGCUGUGUCGAGCCGUCUGGAGAAGCUACGAGAGGAGGUAUCUUCGAUCAUGCGCCGCGAGCGUGAGGCACAGGAAUUGUAUAAGACCCGGAAGGACGAACUUGAUGAGCUUGUCGCCGGGACUGCCACGGUUAAUGGAUGGCAUUAA